CAGGCACAGAUGUGAAAGCAGAGAUGUCUCCAGUCCUCACCUGUUUCCUGGUUUUCCUGGCAGGCUGCUUGGGUUGCCAGCACCAUGCCUGCCGCUGCGUGGGCAGGGUCUACAUUUGUCAGGAGAGCAAGGUAGCCCAGGUUCCCCGGGACAUCCCCAUCAACACCACCGAACUGAGAUUUGUCCUCACCAAGAUGAGAGUCAUUCCAAAAGGAGCUUUCGCAGGACUUGGUGACCUAGAGAAAAUAGAGAUCUCACAGAAUGAUGCCUUGGAGGUCAUAGAAGCAAAUGUGUUUUCCAAACUUCCCAAACUACAUGAAAUAAGAAUUGAGAAAGCCAACAACCUCGUGUACAUUGAUCAAGAUGCCUUCCAACACCUUCCGAGCCUCAGAUAUUUGUUAAUAUCAAACACUGGCCUUCGGUUUUUACCUGCUGUCCAUAAGGUGCACUCUUUCCAGAAAGUUUUACUAGAUAUUCAAGACAAUAUCAAUAUACGUACAAUUGAAAGAAAUUCAUUCAUGGGCCUGAGUUCUGAAAGUGUGAUUCUAUGGCUAAAUAAAAAUGGGAUUCGGGAAAUCGAGAAUCAUGCAUUUAAUGGAACCUACCUGGAUGAGCUAAAUCUAAGUGAUAAUCACAACCUAGAAAAAUUACCAAAUGACAUCUUCCAAGGAGCCAAUGGGCCUGUUGUUUUGGAUAUUUCAAGGACGAGAAUCAGUUUCCUGCCAAGUCAUGGAUUAGAACUCAUUAAGAAGCUAAGAGCAAAGUCUACAUAUAAUUUAAAAAAGCUUCCUGAUUUAAGCAAAUUUAGAUCUUUGAUUGAGGCAAACUUCACCUAUCCUAGCCAUUGCUGUGCAUUUACAAACUGGAAAAGGCAAAACACUGAUUUACAUCCAAUAUGUAGCAUAUCUCAGGCCAAGCAAGACCUUGAUGAGCAGCCUGGUGAUAAGAUACUUAGGCGAUCUGCAGCUGAAGAUUACAUUUCCAACUAUGGCAUAGGAUUUGACCCAGCAGAGAAUGAAUUUGACUAUGGUUUAUGCAAUGAAGUAGUUAACGUAGCUUGCUCACCUAAACCUGAUGCUUUCAAUCCAUGUGAAGAUAUCAUGGGAUACAACAUUCUAAGAGUCCUAAUAUGGUUUAUCAACAUAUUAGCUAUCACAGGGAACAUUGUUGUCCUCAUUAUUUUAAUAAGCAGUCAAUACAAACUCACUGUACCUCGUUUUCUGAUGUGCAAUCUUGCAUUUGCGGAUCUCUGCAUCGGUAUCUAUCUGUUGUUUAUUGCUUCUGUAGACAUCCAGACGAAAAGUCAGUAUUACAACUAUGCCAUAGACUGGCAAACUGGGGCAGGAUGCAAUGCUGCAGGAUUUUUUACAGUGUUUGCAAGUGAACUCUCAGUCUACACGCUGACCGUGAUAACCCUGGAAAGGUGGCAUACCAUCACCUAUGCCAUGCAACUGGACCGUAAGGUUCGAUUUCGUCAUGCUGUGAUUAUAAUGAUUUUUGGCUGGAUGUUUGCUUUCACAGUGGCACUUCUUCCCAUAUUUGGAGUCAGCAGCUACAUGAAGGUCAGCAUCUGUUUGCCCAUGGAUAUAGAAACACCGUUUUCUCAGGCUUAUGUUAUGUUUCUUUUAGUGUUGAAUGUACUUGCAUUUGUGAUCAUAUGUGCCUGCUACAUCUCCAUCUACUUUACUGUGAGAAACCCUAAUGUCAUCUCUUCAAACAGUGACACCAAGAUUGCCAAGCGCAUGGCCAUACUGAUCUUCACGGACUUCCUCUGCAUGGCACCAAUAUCAUUUUUUGCAAUAUCAGCCUCACUCAAGGUUCCUCUUAUCACAGUAUCCAAAUCCAAGAUCCUUUUGGUUUUGUUUUACCCCAUCAAUUCCUGUGCUAACCCUUUCCUCUAUGCCAUUUUCACAAAGACAUUCCGCAGGGAUUUCUUCAUUCUGUUGAGCAAGUUUGGUUGCUGUGAAAUGCAAGCCCAGAUUUACAGAACAGAGACCUCCUCAUCUGCUCAUACUUUCCACACCAGAAAUGGCCAUUGCUCUCCUGCACCAAAAAGCAUUGAUGGGACUAUGUAUUCGUUGGUUCCUAUGAAUCACUUGAACUGAAAUGCUUGCAUGAAUUUGGGUCUGAGGCAGUGCGAUAAUAACUUUCAAAUGUGAAUUUGAAUAAUGACCUCAGCACAGCAUGUAAACUUAUUUUUUAUGGAAAAACUUUUUUAUUUCCAUUUUGCUAUUUUUGUUCAAUGAAUAGCCAUCACAGAUGACACAUCAUCUUCAUCAGCUUUUGAAGGAAAGAGAGCAAAACUUUGGUAUGUGCCGAAGUGCCCUUGUGGAAUUUUCUCAAAAAAUAAAUGAGUUUAUAAACUGAUAUCUCCCACCAUACAGGCAGAGAUUUGCUUCAUUCUAGGAAAAAUCUAGCUGCUUACUGAGCAUUAAGUCAUGGUUAUAUACAGUUGAAAGCAAAAAAUGUGUAAAAUUAAUAUUUUUGUCUGUGAAGCAUAUUAUAACAAUGACAGAUAAUGAGCUCUUUUCAUUAAUCAGAUCUCCUAUGGUUACAGGAGACAGAAGGCCAACUUAAAGCCCUUCUUCGGCACAGACUUAUUAGGAAUGGAAAUAUCUUGUGUUGUUCCCAUUUCUGUUCACCACAGCAGAGGGGCAGAAGGCAUCUCCAGCUAAGCUGGUGUUAGCUGUUCCACACUGCAUGGACCUGCCUUAUUCUGCACAAAAGUGUCACUUUAGGUAAGAUUUCUGUUGAUCUAGACUGGCAGGCUCAGAGAACCAGAUUUCACACAAGUUUGGAUUAAGGAGUUUGGUUUGGGAUUUGUUUUCAAGAGGAGAAAGAGCAAGGACAAAAGCAGGAGAAACCCGUCAUAAUAAGGAGGAUAUUUUCUCAAGUUGGUCUCACAAAGUUGGGUCGAAAUCACUUUUGUGUGGCUGGACCCCUUGGGUGUGGCAAGAUGGGCCAACAAGCUGCUUUAACCUGAUACCUGAGGCAGGUUUGCCAUACAGCAGUAUUAGUGCAUUGCACUGCCUGGCUUAUGUAAAGGAUGAUGGAUCCAAUAUGGCUUUUGAAAACCUGAACAAAAGUUUUUGUGAAAUCCUACAAGUUCUCUUUCCCCUUUCCUUCUAAAACAAUCCUUCAUGUACACAUUAUCAGAUCAUGGUCCAGAUUUAAAGACCUGAAAGAAACCAUAUGCUGCCUAUGUUGAAAUAACAAAAAACAAAAAGCUCUUAAUCAAGAAUUCCUGAUUUUACAGAGGUUUUGAAUAAUAUCUCAGUGAGCAUCCAGCCUUUUUACAUUAUUUGAAUAUCAAACCUUUUGAGGGUUAACCAUUCUGUGAAAUUCCAAAUUGCACUGAAGAUUUAGGGUUGGGUAGGGUUUUCUCAUGCUGAUUUUGUGGCUAUGUGUGGGUACGGGGGCAUAAAGAAAACACCAGGACAGGAAUUUGGGCUUCAUUCUCACCUCACACUCAAGUCACGGCUUUGCUCCAUGGGACUGUAAAUCAUUGGAGUCUUCAUGGUUAAAUGUGAUGAGCUUUGAAUAUUCCCUGCCUACAACUCUUAAAAUUUUAGUAGCUAUUCUUGAUGCCUCUAUCCAUAAUUUCCCCUGUUAUCAGCUUCACAUUUCAGCAUCUGAACCUGAUGUGAAUAACUAGAGGAGAUGAUUAUUCAUUCAGUCCUAGCCAGGGAAGGAAGUAUCAGCUCCCUAGUGCAUUUAACAGGAGAUCAAAGGUAGCGUGUUGGGGGGGGGGGAAAUUUCAUUACUCAACACAAGUAACACUCCCUCCAAGAUCCAGGAGAAGGAAGAAUGAAAGAGUAAGACAGGAAAGACAGUUCAUCUCUCGGAAAACUUUCUGACUACCCAGAGUAACAAUUUCUUCACAAAUGCUUUAUGUCAUAUACAAUGUACUGGUGUGCAGCCAUUAAAACCCAUCCCAAUGGAAGUGUCUGGAUGAUGUUCCAAAAUUACAAAUAUUCUAGUUGCAUUAAAAAAAGGCUUCUGAAUCUCUUCUUGGGCCAAAAAUGAGGGAUGUUCUUUGUCAGGUACUAGCCCAUUUUUGCUGAUAAAUGGGGUAAAUCCUUGUAGUGCAUCACACUUUUUUGCCUAGGCCCUGACCAUUUGCAAAGGCAAUAGGCUGAGACAUGGCAAUUCAAGAAAGCACAGCCAUAGUCUAGGUGCCAGUUUUGCAAAUACUCUCACACCUAUGUCAGGCAUGUGAGCUUGGUACAGUUCACCUGCACAGUUCACAUGCAAACCCAUUGUCCAGACAUUUGCAGAAUCAGGACCCAGUUAAAUAUGCUUUACAAAUAAACAACCCUGAAAACAGACCUUGCAGGGUUGUGUCUUGUAGCCAGAGUCAGAUCAGGGCCCAAGGGAUGAAGCCAUCUAGCCAAUGGGUGAUACUUGAAAGCAAACGGAACCUGCAUAACCAGAUAUCUUUCCUUGUCCCUAGCGAUAAGACAGCACAGAAAUGGUUAAGGGAUAUGUCAUCCUGCCUACAUGUGCUGUGCAGGAGCUCAAGUGGAAGCUCAGGCUGUGGCAGUAACUCCAAAGCUAGGAAGCUGACCGUGUGGUUGUCAAAACAAAAACCUCCUUCUUGUAGUCCUCAGAUGUCCCUGGCUUUCACUAUUCUUCGGAUUUUAAUUUUAAACAUCUUCCAAACUGUGAGGAGCAUCAUAGGACCUGUAUCUUUUCCUCUGUGGGACAUUGGUCCUGUUAUAGCAGGUUUUUAAAACAAUGUUUUUCUUUGAAGACAGUAGUGUAAGAAAAAAAAAUGCAAGAUACAUUUUAUUAAUGCUUGUAAUGUGAAAAAAAAACCUGCUGGUGUCUGGUGUGGAUUUUCUCAGCACUGAACAUGUUUAUGUGUGUAAUCGUUACAUUAUUUUACAUUUCCCUUUCUGAAAUCUAUUUUAA